AUGCGAAGCGUAGCAACCACUGGCGUCGGAAUUUGUACAGUACAGACAAGAUUUUGUUUUCUUUGUUAUUUGCAAGUGAUAGUGAGCAUGUCGACGACGAUGAGCGACGUAUUAGCGCAGUCCCCAGACGGAUCUCGUCUAGGAAAGGGACAAGUGCUCUUCACAGGCCCUGAUGGCAUAGGAAAUUAUACAGUGAACGUUAAAGAGCAAAGCUCCAUUGGUAUUGGAACAAUGUCUCCAGAAGGAACCAGUGAUGUCAGAUAUCUAUCACGAGCUGGACCAAAUUGCACUCAUCCACCAGCCAAGAGUUAUUAUGUUGGAGAAGUGGGAUGGGGAGUACCGAAACUGUCUGACCCAACACCGUGGACAACAAAACAUCAGAUGACACUCGGAGAACUUCGUCAAGCAGCCGAGGACAAACACACUCAUCUCUACCAAAAUCCAUGGUAUCCAGCUCCUGAAAGAAACCAUGCUAAGGACACUGUAGAGAAAACUAAACCCUCCAUCGUCCGUCCCACUAAAGCAGCAACAACAGAAGUAGAACGUGAAGGUAGCGUUCAAAGUUCGUCUUCAUCGGUUGCUCUGCAAGUGUGACGCAGGCUCAUCACGUGAUGCCGGACUGAAUAAAUAUUUUUAGUUGGAUGCGGAAUGUUUGUAUGGAUACGCAUGCGAUUCAAUGUAACUUAUCUGAAAAUGUUAUGCCUGAAUAACGAUGAUUUAUUACUCUGGGAAUGUCAGAGUACAGCAGUUAACGAUUGAUUGACAUCAUUAGGUAACCUCCUUGAAAACCACUCUACUGCUUGGUAACUAUUCAACAUGUGUCCUAUUCGUUGCUGACACAAGCCAAGUCAAAACAGCCAUACAAGCAACAUACUGUAAACCAAAUUUGUGCAGCUCACUGACCUCUAGAAAUUGGUGAUAUGUACAUCACAC